AUGAGAUCACCGUCCGAUCGUCAACAUCGACGUACUGCGCCUUAUGUUGUGAUGAAUAAUCACACUCAACCGCCUUCGGUUGCAUAUUCAGCUCGACAACCUAAUGAAGAAACUUCAACGAAUUCCACCAAUGUUAUUCAAAGAUUAGCUACUACACCUUUGCAACAGCCACACCAGGAACAAAGCAGUUUCUACAAUCUUGUUCGACGAGCACAGAAUGCAGUAAAUAUCGUGGGCCGUGUCCGACGAUGGAUACAAAGAAACCAAGAACGACAAGUUAUUCCUCAACGGACUGAUUCGUUUCUGGAGAAAUUCGCACCAUCGACGAAAAUUCAAGCUAUUCAAGACGAAAAUAGUAAAAACUGGGUUAUCGAUCCUUCUCAAUCGUUUUAUUAUUACUGGUCAUCGAUUGUUUCGUUAGCUGUUCUUUAUAACUACAUAGCUCUUAUUGGUCGUAGCGCUUUUCUCCUUCUCCAAGAACGUCUACUCAUCGUUUGGAUAUGCCUUGAUUAUGUUUGUGAUGCUUGCUAUGCCGUGGAUACAUUUAUACAAACACGAAAAGGUUAUCUUGAACAGGGGUUGAUUGUUCGUGAUAUUGGUAAAUUAAGUAAACAUUAUAUAAAAAGUCGAGCAUUCAUACUAGACAUUAUCUCAUUAUUACCAACGGAUUUUCUCUAUUUCAUUCCGAAACUUCGUCUUCUGCCAGCUAUACGGUUCAAUCGAUUAUUUCGAAUUUAUCGAACGUUUGAAUUCUCUGAUAAAGUCGAAACUCAAACAAAUCAUCCGAAUGUGUUUCGUUUGGUUACGUUGCUCAUCAUUAUUCUGAUUAUUAUCCAUUGGAAUGCGUGUUUCUAUUUCAUUAUUAGCCGGUGGAUCGGCUUCUCAACAGAUGAUUGGGUUUAUAAUAUGACGAAACCAUCGGCAAAUACGUUAACAACCCAGUAUCUCUACUGCUUUUUCUGGUCAACACUUGUGUUAACAAACAUCGGCGAAGUUCCACCACCUGAAACCGAUAUCGAAGUUCUAUUCGUAACUGCUGAUUUUCUUACGGGAGUGUUGAUUUUUGCUACCAUUGUUGGAAACGUCGGUUCAAUUAUUGCCAGCAUGAAUGCAGUUCGUGCUGAUUUUCGACAAAAGGUCGAUCAGGUCAAACAAUAUAUGGUCUUCCGUAAGGUUGGAAAAGAUUUAGAACGACGAGUUAUCACUUGGUUCGAUUAUUUAUGGUUGCAAAAACAAGUUGCAAAUGAAGAUAUGGUCUUAGGCGCAUUACCACAAAAAUUACGGGUAGAAAUUGCUAUACAUGUUCAUCUGGCAGCAUUGAAACGAGUGCCGAUCUUUGCUGAAGCUCAACCUGGUCUACUAGUCGAAUUGGUUACAAGAUUGAAAUUGCAAAUUUUUAGUCCAGGCGAUUAUGUUUGUCGCAAAGGUGACAUUGGGAAAGAAAUGUACAUAAUAAAACGCGGUCGAUUGAGUGUUGUAUCCGAUGAUGGUGCAAAAGUAUUUGUUACUUUAGAAGAAGGAAGUGUAUUCGGUGAAAUUUCUAUUCUCAACAUUCCAGGUAGUAAAACUGGUAAUCGUCGUACGGCGAAUAUUCGUAGUGUGGGUUAUUCUGAUUUAUUUUGUUUAACAAAACAAGAUCUAUGGGAAGUCUUAGCUGAGUAUCCAUCAGCACGUGAAACGUUAAUUGACCGUGGCAAAGCACAUUUACGAAAAGAUAAUCUCUUAGAUGAAGAAGCCGCUCAAACAGCACAAGAAGACGAAGCCGCCAUUCCUGAAAAAGUUAGCCGUCUAGAAAGUAAUAUUGAUAACUUAGAAACACGCUUAGCACGACUCAUGGGCGAAUACUCUGCCAACAUGACAUCACUUGGUCAACGUCUACAAACUGUCGAAAAAUUUGCUGACUCAAAGCAAUCGAUGACCAUCGAAGAUGCAGCUAGUUGCAGGGAUACAUUAGAUGUGAUUGGCAUCGGCGCCAAUGACGAUGACGUUUGA